AAACGCAGCAUUAUGAAUCAGUGGUUGGAAACCAUUAUGAAUGAAAGGAAGUUCGAAAUUGUGAACAGCUCGCUACAGGGUUUGUUAAAACCGGAUUCACUGGGUAUGGAUCAUGACGUAACACCAACUGUUGACUUGACUGACGGAGUUCCACAAUGUAAAGAUCUUAACCCUUACGUACUAAAAGGAGAUGGUUGGGUGCCUCAACAUAUAAGUCGGGCCAAUCGUUCAACGUAUAGUUUCCUUUGUGUUUACAUGACAUUUGUCUUUCUGCUGUCUUGUUCUCUCAACAUCCUUGUUAUAGUGGCCACUUUGAAAAACAAGGUUCUUCGUCAGCCUCUGAAUUACAUUAUUGUGAACCUAGCAGUUGUCGAUCUUCUAAGUGGUUUCGUUGGCGGGUUUAUUAGCAUUGCUGCUAACGGUGCGGGAUAUUUUUUCUGGGGGAAGACAAUGUGCCAGAUUGAAGGAUAUUUUGUUUCAAAUUUUGGUGUGACUGGUUUGCUCUCAAUUGCUGUAAUGGCAUUUGAAAGAUAUUUCGUAAUUUGCAAACCAUUUGGGCCCGUUCGCUUUGAGGAGAAACAUUCAAUUUUUGGCAUCGUUAUAACAUGGGUCUGGUCGAUGUUUUGGAACACACCACCUCUUAUUUUUUGGGAUGGCUACGACACUGAGGGUUUGGGAACCAGUUGUGCACCAAACUGGUUUGUCAAAGAAAAACGGGAACGGCUGUUUAUAAUCUUAUAUUUUGUCUUUUGCUUUGUUAUCCCUCUGGCAGUUAUUAUGAUAUGUUACGGAAAGCUUAUUCUCACUCUAAGACAGAUCGCCAAGGAAAGUUCCCUGAGUGGAGGAACAAGUCCCGAAGGUGAAGUCACCAAGAUGGUGGUUGUUAUGGUUACUGCAUUUGUAUUUUGCUGGUUGCCGUAUGCCGCAUUUGCCAUGUACAACGUUGUCAAUCCCGAAGCUCAGAUCGAUUACGCGCUUGGUGCUGCACCUGCUUUUUUUGCAAAGACCGCGACGAUUUAUAAUCCGCUUAUCUACAUAGGGUUGAACCGACAGUUUCGAGAUUGCGUAGUGCGAAUGAUCUUUAAUGGUCGCAAUCCCUGGGUUGAUGAAUUGGUUGGCAGUCAAGUCAGUUCAACUGGUUCUCAGUUAACUGCAGUGAGCAGCAACAAAGUUGCACCUGCGUAAUAUACAUGUUAGUAAAUAUCUUUCCGUUGUACCCAGAGUAUGUUUUGUAAACAUGAUAUUGUGGGGAUGUAAGUUUUUUAAUCUAGUACGUACCACCGGUCAAUAAAUAGUCCCGGCUUUAGCCGAUAAGCAAUUUUGCCAUAUCUGCAAAAAUGACAGCACAAGAGGAUUUAUACUUAUAUGCGAAAAUAAUCCCUGUUUUGUUCGGUAAAUUUUGAGCAUCACUCUAAAAAUAAAAGUGAUUAUCAAUUGCUAAUAGUAACUAUCGAUCUUUUUUUUUAAUUCGUGCAUAAAUAUUUUAUUGUUCUAUAUAUUCUGAAAAUAAAAAGUCUUGAC